AUGGCCCAAUCUGAUGUGGUCGUAGAAGUGGUGCAAGCAGAAGAAGCUGAUGAAGAUUUCAAAAAAACAAGUAUCUUAACAAGUUUUAAGAAUUUCUGUAUGCGAAAUUACCUAGCUAUUGGAAUCAUAUUGUCCAUAAUCAUCGGAAUAUUUCUUCCUCAACCUGCAAUCUAUCUCAGCCAAAGAAUGCCAGUUGCAAAAAUUUGCAUCAUUGUUCUCUUUCUCACCAUUGGGGUACGGAUACGUCUUGUUGAAGCAAAGUCUGCGGUCAAAUUUUAUAAAGAGGUCGUCGUUGGCUUGCUUUUGGUCCUGUUUGUUGGUCCAAUUUUUGCAACAAACGUACUGAACCAGGUCCCAAACUUUGGUUCAUUAAUUGGUGAUGAGCAGAAUUUGAGAAACGUACAGUUCGAAUUCCUCCGAAGAAAUGGCAAUUCUUGGGCCGGAGGAAUUUCGUCUUGCUUUGCAAAUGUAUUGCAUGUGUCCAACGGCCCCGGCUACGUCACUCGUCCUCGUAAGUUAGUUAAUGUUAAUUAG